AUGCGCUGUCCCGCCGAGCUGCUGGGGGCCGGCGCCGCGCGCGCUCCGCACCGCCCGCACCCCCCGCCCGCGCCGUGCGCGCGCCCGGCGGACACAGGCGCGGGGCAGAUGAAGUACAUCCUGGUCACGGGCGGGGUGAUCUCGGGCAUCGGCAAGGGGAUCAUCGCCAGCAGCAUCGGCACCAUCCUCAAGUCCUGCGGGCUGCAUGUCACCUCCAUCAAGAUCGACCCCUACAUCAACAUCGACGCCGGCACCUUCUCGCCUUAUGAGCACGGGGAGGUGUUUGUUCUGGAUGAUGGAGGGGAGGUGGACCUGGACCUUGGGAACUACGAGCGCUUCCUGGAUAUCCGACUCACCAAAGACAACAACCUGACCACGGGGAAGAUCUACCAGUAUGUCAUCAACAAGGAGAGGAAGGGAGACUAUCUCGGCAAAACGGUCCAAGUCGUUCCCCACAUCACAGAUGCCAUACAGGAAUGGGUAAUGAGGCAGGCACGGAUUCCUGUGGAUGAAGAUGGCAUUGAACCCCAAGUUUGUGUGAUCGAGCUCGGGGGCACGGUGGGGGACAUCGAGAGCAUGCCCUUCAUCGAGGCCUUCCGCCAGUUCCAGUUCAAAGCCAAGAGAGAGAACUUCUGUAACAUCCAUGUCAGCCUCGUUCCCCAGCCAAGCUCGACAGGAGAGCAGAAGACCAAACCCACCCAGAACAGUGUUCGUGAACUCCGAGGUCUUGGUCUCUCCCCAGAUCUGAUUGUUUGCAGGUGCUCCACUCCACUGGAUACCUCAGUAAAAGAAAAGAUUUCCAUGUUCUGUCAUGUUGAACCAGAACAGGUCAUCUGUGUUCAUGAUGUCUCCUCUAUCUACCGGGUUCCUCUGUUGUUGGAGGAGCAGGGGGUUGUUGACUACUUCAGGCACAGGCUGGACCUUCCCAUCGAGAGGCAGCCCAGGAGGAUGCUCCUCAAGUGGAAGGAGAUGGCUGACAGGUAUGACCGUCUGCUUGAGACGUGUUCCAUUGCACUCGUGGGCAAAUACACCAAGUUCUCCGACUCCUAUGCGUCUGUCAUCAAGGCCCUGGAGCACUCUGCACUGGCCAUCAACCACAAACUUGACAUUAAGUACAUUGACUCUGCUGACCUGGAGCCCGACACGCUGCAGGAGGAGCCCGUGCGGUACCACGAGGCCUGGCAGAAGCUGUGUGGGGCUGAUGGAGUUCUGGUUCCUGGUGGAUUUGGUGUUCGAGGAACAGAAGGCAAAAUUCAAGCUAUUUCCUGGGCAAGAAAACAGAAAAAACCCUUCUUAGGAGUCUGUUUGGGAAUGCAGUUGGCCGUGGUGGAGUUUGCUCGCAGUGUUCUUGGCUGGCAAGAUGCGAACUCGACAGAAUUUGACCCCAAAACUGCUCAUCCAGUGGUCAUAGACAUGCCAGAACAUAAUCCUGGGCAAAUGGGUGGGACCAUGAGGCUUGGCAAGAGGAGGACACUCUUCCAAACCAAGAAUUCAAUCAUGAGGAAGCUGUAUGGAGAUCAUGAUUUCUUGGAAGAGAGACACAGACACAGAUUUGAGGUCAAUCCAGAAUUGAAAAAGUGCUUUGAAGAACAAGGUCUGAAGUUCGUAGGGCAGGAUGAGGAGGGAGAGCGGAUGGAAGUGGUUGAGCUGGAAGAGCAUCCUUUCUUCGUUGGUGUUCAGUACCACCCCGAGUUCCUCUCCAGGCCCAUCAAGCCAUCGCCCCCAUACUUUGGGCUCCUCUUGGCAUCUGCAGGGAGACUCACCCAUUACCUACAGAAGGGCUGCAGGCUCUCACCCAGGGACACCUACAGCGACCGCAGCGGCAGCAGCUCCCCCGACCUGGAGAUCACAGAGCUCAAGUUCCCCUCAGUCAAUCACGACUGAUCCCUGGUGUGUCCUUGCUGCAGAGAGGAGUCUCCGUUCGGUUUUCCAGGCGUUCUUACAGCAAUAGCUUCAACACCCUCAGCUUUGGGCUUUCCUGGCUUAUGGGUUUAUAAUUUUCAUUCUGAGAUCCUGUCCCUUAUUUCCUCAGCUCUUCUGUCCUUCCUUUAUUUUCCAUGUAGAUCCUGGUUAUUUGUGGAGGAGAGUUCACACAGGCUCCUCCAGACUUCUUCAGUUCCUUCAGUUUGCACCAGCUUGGAGAUCAAAGCAAACUGGGGCAUGGGGUUUGAUGUGGGGGGGAAUCCCAUGGCACACGUCCUUCCCAGCACAGGGAAUGCUGGCAUCAGGGUGCCUUGGACACUGACAGUGGAUUUGCUUUCUCCAGCCUUUCUGCUUCCUCCUCACUCUUUGCUUACUAGUGAAAUUAUGUGGAUGGCACAAGUUUUUGGGGUUUGGCUCAGUGCCUGAGCCAGGCUGCGCUGCAGAGGAGGGCUCUGGGCUGGGCAGGCUCAUGCAGCCUUUUUGAGGUUUUUUGGGGGGGAAAGAAGGAUGAUUUAUUCUUUUUUGGUUUUGUUUUUUUUCAGUAGUAUUUACAAACCUUUGGCACUGGUGCUCUCAGUGCAUUCAUUGCCACAAUGAAUUUGUAAUCAGGAAACUUCUCCUGGAACAGUGUUACUCUGGAACACGAUCAGCUCUGCCUGACGUGUCACUGCAGGGAUGUGAGUAACUGGGAUCAAGUUGGGGGGGUGGAAAGCAAAGCUGCCAGGAAAGCCCUGACCCGAGGGGUCCGUGCUCCUGGAGCUGCUCCUUGGGUUGGGACCCUCCCACCCCUUGCAUCAAGGGGGAGGUGAGAACAGUGAACCACUGAACCACUUCCACUGCUGCCUUGAGCUGCUCCUGCUGUCCCUGGACACAACAGUUCCUGGUGCUUUUUCAUGGAUUGGAAGCAGAGCCUUCCACUGCCUUUUUGUACAGUCGGAGCCGUGUGUCCUGUGCUCCCGCCAUUCCCAAGGGCUGUUCCUGAGGGAGGGUGUUCCCCAUCCCCAGGUGCUGCCCAGCUCUGGGGCAGGGUGAUGCUGUGCAGUGCUGAGGGAUGGACUCCCUGGUUCCCUGCCUCGUGCUGCCGUGGAACACCGUGUUUGGCCGGUGGGGAUCAAGAGGAAAGGAAGGAAGGAAUGAAGUGUCUGCACUGUCUGAGGUGUCACACACUCAGAACUCGGCAGGGCCUGGGAGUCUGGGGAGAGCUGCACAGUCAGACCUGGCUGAGCCACGUAACCAAACCCUGUCCUGUCCCUCCUCAGUGAUCUCCUCCCCAGCCCCCUUGCUUUAGUCCUUGGUUGUUUUCAGUAUUCCCUGUAAAGCUGCUGUGAGCCCAGAGAGCUUUGAGCAUUCCUCGUGUGCCAAUUCCAGCUGUUCUGGAGGAAUGAUUGAGUUUGAUGCUCUGGUACUGCCCAGCCCCUGCCCUUGGCGUGGGGCAGGGUGAGAUUGUUCCUCAGCUGCAGCACAACUGUGUUUCCUUUCUCCCGAGAUGUUUUUGUUUUGGCCAAAACUGUGCCACUUACUCGGUCAUUAAAUGCUCAUUUGUAACAAACUGAA